AUGGAGGACAGCGCCGAUGAUGAAACUUAUGAUGAUCAUGGUAGCAUUGCUGAAUUAGAAGCGAAUGUCGAAUGCGAUGGUGAUGACGAUGUCGAUACUGAUGACGACACGGGCGGGAAAGUCAGCAAGCUUCCCCACGACUCCUACAGCAUCUACAACUACCGCUACUCCUCAGACAAGCCGGACAAGCUUUUCGAGGCUCCUCGAGCGGAGUUCGAGGAGCUGUCGGCCGACGUCGACGAUGCCAAAGAACGCAUCGCCGAGAAGGUGCUGAAGAAGCUGAAGCAGCUGCUGUCAAUUGAAGCCCGUGUUGUGUUGCUCCUGUUCCCUUUCUUAUCGCAGAAAGAUAAUCAAAAGCUGAACCUCGCGGGCAAAGGGUCCACGGUGCUACAAGUUCACCCGUGGCUGCAGAGUCGUGGGCUGGGCGUCCUUCUACAUCGGUACCUGAACGUCACUUCUGUGCCGCAAUUGCUGCACUGCUAG